AUGUACGGAGAACCGGUGGGAAAUGCGGCUGCGGAGAAAAAACCACGAAGAAAAGCAAUACGGGAAAUAGGUGAUGUGAAAGUCGAAGAAAAACGUAUGAAGAAAAAGGCCGUUCCAGAAGGAAGACGUCAUGUGAGACACAGUGAUGUAGGAAUACAUGAGAGGCAUCCCGGAACGGAAUCACCGAAUCUUGAGAAGCAUGUGGAGGCGAUAAGAGAGCGAAGAAGUGGUAUAAGAAUGCUCGCUGUAGCUUACCUUGUCGGUUUGGCCUUCCGUUCACACUCCACCCCGUUCAUAUUGAAGUAA